AUGGUGCGAGUGAAGUCGAGGUAUUUACUCUGUGAAGUGAAUGUGACAGACAGAAACCAGCUGCUGCAGUUGGAUGACCGUGCAGUCUCCGCCUCAGUCAAGGAUGUUGUCCAGCGCAUGUACGGGGACUACGGAGCUGCCCUCUGUAGCUUUGGUUUCUCGGUGAAAUACGUUAACGCUGUCAGUGGAAUCGUAUUCCUACGUUUUCCAAAAAAGUGUUACAAACGACUUUGGUCUGCAUUGCCAUUUAUUACCAGCAUUGAAGCAAGAGGGAAGAAGAUACAAUGUUUUCUCAACUGCAUAUACGUGGGAGGAACAAUUAGAACAUGCCAAAAGUUUCUCAUACGAUACAAUGCUCACCAGCUCCGGCGGAUGCUCCCAAAAUGCAAAAGUGAAGAAGAAAAACACAAAGUUCAACAAGCAAUUUUGGACUGUUGUCUCACAGCGCGUACAGAUGAAUCUGAAGAUCCACUUGAAAGUGAAGAGGACUAG